AUGUGUACCGAAAGUGAUCAAGCCGUGAACAAUCGUGCAUCCUGCUUUUUGAAUAUGAACGAUUCACAGAAUCAGAACAGUUUCGAUUUUGUACCAAAGUCUGAUUAUAAUGAGAAGUGGUAUCUGGAAAAUAAAUGUCUUUUUCAUAAUCAACAAUACCUCGAAGGGGACAAAUAUGGAACGAAGAAAUUAUGCACGGAGUGUCCAACGCCGUGUGAUCUUUGUUCGCAUUUCAAAGAAAAAUUCAAGUCGAAAACAGAUGGAAAUAAUUUAAAUGAGAGAUCAGGCGAUUGGAAAUGUGACGAAGAGCUUGGAAAGAAAUCUUUGAAAUGUAUCGUACAGGAUCCUCCGAUUACCGAAUGGAAAUGGAAAAAUCCUUACAGUGUUUCUGAUUUUGAUCGAUCGAAACGUUGGUCUCGACGUAGUUUUACUUCAGAAAUCUGUUUUCCUUUCGAAGGGGAUGACGUUAUAACGAAUUUGUUACGCGAUCUGCAUAACAAAGAUUCCCUAAAAGAUCAUACGAAGAACAAUUUCUUGUAUAAUUUCCGCGAAUACUUGGUCAGAUAUCAGGAAUCUUGUGGCGUACCACGAACAGAAUAUUCUUUUUGGGCUCUUAUUAAUACGAUGGGUCAAGCAACAGGUCGAUCUUUUCUUGCAUUGUUGUAUGUCAUACUGAACAUUAUACCUGUUGUCGAGGUAUUCCUAUACUUAUUGCGAUUCGUUCUGGACAAAGUGAUUAGCAUAAGCAACAGCAAAGAUUUCCGGCAGACGGUGACUCGAUGUUUAAUAUUCACGACAGAAUUAUUUAGUGUUUAUGUAUGUCUAAUAUUUAUAUUCGGUUUUAUCGUCUUACCGAUUGUACACAUGGUAAUUGAUAUAGUAGCAAAGAUCAUGCUCUACAAUUAAUAGUAAUAACAGUCAUUUAGUCCUAAUUGAAUGAUACUAGAAACAAUAUGGUUAUUACGUGAAUUUGUCAUAUAAUUAUUGAGAAUCGUUUAAAAACUUACAAUUAAAAAAUUCCUGAAAAUACACGUAUCCAGCUUACCUUGUCAAUAUAAAGAUUCGUAUUAUUUUAUAAUUAAAUCGACGCUUUUAUUUUCUAGGCUAGAAAAUUUUAAUUUAUUGUUAGGAAAUCUUCCAAAAUUGUUUAAAUUCUCCUCCGUGUCUUUCUUCAAUUAUCCGAUCUACUUUCUCUAUAAUAUUUUUAAGGAUGCAAUAUCACAAACAAUAAUAAAAACGUAUAUCAUAGUAUACAGUGCGAUUUUAUUAAAAAAAGAAACGUGUCGACAGCACAUAUUGGAAAGCGAAUUAGUUUUCUUUCGUUCAUUAAACGCAUAAUAUAUAAAAUCUUCGCUAUUGAGUUACUUAGUGAGCGAAUUGCCCCUUGAAGUCUCUAUAAACGUACGUUUCGUAUUCUCUACUUUUCCUUUUUUUUUUCUUUUUGUUUUGAAUGUAUAACAAUCUGAAUGUGUAAUUAACUAAAACUAUUAAAAUCUAUACUGCUUCCGUCGAACUAA